GUAAUUUGGUCUUGCUGUCCCAGGCGGGAUGGUGCCACUGUGCCAGGUAAGGGUGGCGGGUGUGCGUGAGGGCCUGGGUGCGGAGCCCUCCUCGACGUGUCUCUCCCGCCCUUUCCCUCCACAGACCCAGCCCUGGUCAGUCGGACCUCCCCACUAGCCCCCAACUAACACCCACCCUGGCCGGGAUCUUCGGUUUGGGGGCGACCCCGCCCUAGGGCCCUCCGGACUUUGUUGCUGCUGCUGCCGCAGCAGAAGUCGGGUCCACUCCGAGAACUCCUGUCCGCUCACGGCAACAAGGACGGGUUCAUUCUGAAGGCGCCUCGACCUUUUGUGGCCACCUCUUUCCGAGAUUAUUCGUUUUGAUGACGCUAAAAUUUUAAUCUGAAAAGAAAUGCACUUCAUUUCUGCUUCAUCUGUAGAUUUCCACAUCCUUGAUUAUUUGCAAACCUGUAAUUAUUUCGUAAAGAGUAGUUUGCACGGAGUGACAGGUUGUAGUAUUGUAUUUUGCAAAAAGUGCUGAAAUAACAGGAGUUCAUUCAGAGACCAUUUCUGUGCCGCAAGAAAUAAAAGCGUUGCAGUUGUGGAAGGAGAUAGAAACUCGACAUCCUGGAUUGGCUGAUAUUAGAAAUCAGAUAAUAUUUGCUGUUCGUCAAGAAUAUGUCGAGCUUGGAGAUCAGCUCCUCCUGCUUCAACCGGGAGACGAAAUUGCCGUUAUCCCCCCCAUUAGUGGAGGAUAGUGCUUUUGAGCCGUCUAGGAAAGAUAUAGAAGAAGUUGAAGAGAAAUCUAAAGACGUUAUAAACUUUACUGCCGAGAAACUUUCAGUAGAUGAAGUCUCACAGUUGGUGAUUUCUCCGCUCUGUGGUGCAGUAUCUCUAUUUGUAGGGACUACGAGAAAUAACUUUGAAGGGAAGAAAGUCAUUAGCUUAGAAUAUGAAGCGUAUCUACCCAUGGCGAAAAACGAAGUCAAAAAGAUUUGUAGUGACAUUAGGCAGAAAUGGCCAGUCAAACACAUAGCAGUGUUCCAUAGACUUGGCUUGGUUCCAGUGUCAGAAGCAAGCAUAAUCAUUGCUGUGUCCUCAGCCCACAGAGCUGCAUCUCUUGAAGCUGUGAGCUAUGCCAUUGAUACUUUAAAAGCCAAGGUGCCCAUAUGGAAAAAGGAAAUUUAUGAAGAGUCAUCAUCUUGGAAAGGAAACAAAGAGUGCUUUUGGGUAUCCAACAAUUAAUCACUUAGUUUUUAGAGCCUGCAAUCUUAACUUUGUUAAACUAUGAUCAUUGAUCACAUUUUGAUUUUUUUCUCUCCACAUUAGGAUAGUUUCUGAAGCACAGUCUCUUAUGUUAUACUAGUGGGACAAAAGGAAGAAAAAGGAAGCAAGAUAAAUGGAUAUGUAGGAUGAAGGGUUACUUAAAAUGGAACUAAAGAUAGAAGGAGGACUGUAGGAAAGAAAUGGAAUAAUUUAAAAACGAGGAAAGAUGUCUGUGGUAGACAUGUCCUUCCAUGACUAAUUUCUAAUUGUAACUCAAACUCACAUUGAGGUAUGGGCCCUCCUCAGUGACUUUAACUGACUCAGAAAGAUACUCCCCCACCAGCCCCACCUCACCACCGCCGUCCGGGUUCAGGGAGAGCGUUAUUAUCAAGGAUGCAUGACAGGAAUGUUGGCAGAACUGGAAAGUAUUAAAAAAUCAUUAUCAGACAGUCUUGAUAUAUAUUUUCAGAAAUAUAUUAAAAAUAAUAAACUAAAACCGAUUUCAAAAGUUUAAAAA